GCUACGCGUGUUGCAAGACCUACACAUUUUAUUUCCUUAAUCUGUUUCGCCCCAGUUUUUUAUUGCAAAUGUCCAGCAUUUAGAUUUAAUAUAUUUUUGAAAAUAAUAAGUUGUAUUUGUCUGAAAGAGGAACGCGACGUAUUAAGAUGGGGUAUAUGGUCGUGGAGAAACACACAUCUGAUCUUCUCCAUCUGAAGAGGUCUCCUGGGAUCAGAUCAUGGUCUCUCCUUGUUGGAAUUGCUUCAGUUGGACUAGCAGCAGCCUAUUACAGUGCUGACAGCGUGUUAUGGAAGAUGUUCUACGUGGCUGGCUGUUUUUUUGUAGCCCUACAGAAUAUGGAGGAAUGGGAGGAGGCAGUAUUUGACAAAUCUAAGAGUGAGAUCGAAUUAAAGACGUUUAGUCUCUAUACCGUGAUACUGACUAUGUGGAAAAGAGGACAUGAGAAAGUGGUGUUAGAUCUGCGGCACCUGCGGGACGUGAGUGUUCAGGAGGAGAGGGUGAGGUAUUUGGGGAAGGGUUACCUGUUGGUGAUGCGUCUAGCGACAGGCUUCUCUCACCCUCUUACACAGAGUGCCACGCUGGGCUCCAGGAGUGAUGUGGAAGCACUUGCUGCACUUCUGAAGCGCUUCUUGGGUCUUGAAGAGUUACAGCGACGUUUGGCAGAAGAAGAGUUUCCUGAUGAUGACGACACUGAAGAUCUGGGAUUGGGCGAUAGCAGUGAUUCAAAAGAUGAAGAUGAACUUUAAAAAGCUCAGGUGGAAGACACUGUGUCAAGCCUUACAUGGAACAACCAAACAUUCCAGUCUUACGAACAUCGUGAUGACAAUCCCAAAGCAUGAAUUGUUAUUGUGGCGUUGCGUCUUCAAAGAGGCAUUACCAGAUGACAUUCAGCACUUCUGCUGGAUUUCUCUGUAUACUUUACUGCAUGCAUAACUAAAUUCGACAGUUGUGAAAUAACUGCAUGAAGAAUUUAUCUUCUUUGGUCAAAGAUCAGGUGGUCAUGUGCUCUGAUUUUCCAUGCAUGCCUACUCAGAUCACACUGUGCCUUUAUACGCUGCUUGAAUGUUAAGCCCUUUUUCUUUUUUUGUAAAUGUGUAAAUAUUAUUUUUGAUUCUAAAUCUUUUUUUUAAGCUUCUCAAGCAAGAAAAAUAAAUAUUAAACACAUGGCAGCUGCUUAGAAAUCAAGGGUAUGGUUUUUACAAUUGAUGUGGCCACUUGUUUAUUAGAUAAGGAGUAUACUUUGUUACACAUUACACUUUUGUUUAGAAUAAAAUCAUUUGAUAACAUUGGUUUAAACUGGAUUAUCAUUCCUUUUAGUUUGACAUGGUUGCAUAAUCAUUAAAUCUGUAGGACCGGAAUAUCCAAUGUGGUUGGGGAAAAAAACAAACCAGUAGACUAUGGAUGUGUUAUGUUAGUAAUACAGUAACUUUAUUUGGACUAGUACAAUAAAUACUGGAAAAAUUACAGCAAAGAAAAAUAUUUCAAUAAUAGAAAAACAAGCACUAUUGCUCUUCCAUCUUAGCUCUAAACAUAGAAAGAAAUCACAAUUCGUCACUGACUUGAACGCUUAGUCUCAGAAAUGUGUAGUGAUUUGUUUUCUAACAGGAGACCUUCCUGUGCUGUGACCGAAAGAAAGUCAUUCAUCCCAAUUUCACACCUACACCAAAUAACACUUGAUUAUGACAAGAUUUAGACUAAAAUAUGAUGCGAUUUGCACUAUGAACUGCUUAGUGUCUAAUGUGGACCUGGCCACAAAAAUGUACUACAGCUAACAUCUUAAGUAUUAAAGCAGUCAAUUAAUCACAGAUCAUUUUGGGAGAACAUAUAUAUCCGAGAGACACCUGGAACAAGUCCUCAAAAAGAGGAUUAGAAACGUCAAUACAAUAUUAAUACUCCAGUUAUUAGUCUACAAUUAAGCAGAGAAGCAUCAUUUCAGUACGAGCCGAGAUGAUUCACUCUGGACUGCCAAGCAUUUCACAUCAGUGACACAUAUGCAUUUUGUUUUUAGCUUGUGCAAUAGUGGGACAAUACGUAUUUUUAAGUAACAAAUAUUCCAUUAUUAUCUAUUAUUACCGUAAACAUUAAUAAGAAAUCAAUUAACCAGAUCUCUUAAUUGUUACUCUCAUCCAGGAAUGUUUUUUUUAUACAUAUCUUCCCUUUUAAAUAUACAAUUAUUGCAGCAUAAUUUAAGAUGUUCAGCAACAACAAGAGAGCCAGCCAAUAUCAUUCAGAAAAG